GUUUACUCUAUCUUCCCGACUUAUUAUUUACAUACUUUUAAACGAUGAUUUUUAUAAAAUCAAAGUAAGACGAUCGAUCUUAUGUCCAAAUAUAACUCGAACUUCAGUCUAAAAGAACGAUAAAACACCGCGUGUUAAGAACGCCGAGACCAGAUAAUAAAGUAGAUCGAACAGUUGUAUAUGGAUGAUUAAAAUCCACAGAUCGAUGCAAUGAUCGAUUACGAUACCGGUAACGCUCGAUGGAAGACGCUCGACUCGAUUUACGUGAAAAGUUUCACGAUUUACCGACAAAACUGUUAUCUACGCCAGGACUCGGUCGAUCUCUAAUCAAACAUCGAACAUUGGAAAAUCGUGUGUGUAUGAAUAAACAUUCGAAACACACAUAGAAAGAGGAAACGAUCGUACACGAUCGAUGUUUGCGAUGUAGUCGAUGGAUAGCGAUAGAACGAGUCGCAAUCGGACAUGGCGAUCGCGAUCGCGAUAAUCGUCUGACGAGCAUCGUGCCAAUAACGUGACGCGAUAUCUCACGGGAUCUACCGAUCGGAUCUGAUCGACGUUCGAUCGGCACCGUCUUGAAAAACCGCAGAGUGCUUGUCGACGAUUGCGUCAAGUUGAGUCAACAGAAAUCAUCGUAUUCGAACAAGCUGGAAAAAUUGAAUGGGAUGCGCUGCGUGACCGACAGUCGACAAACAUAGAAUGUUUCGCGUGGUGGACGGUGCAACAACGUGCUAUUGGACUGUGUUGCUUCGACGCGUUACGUCGAUGAGAAUAAAAAAAGGUGAAUCUGAGGAUGAAAAGUGAGUUUGUGGUCGAGUAAAAUUUCGAUCGAAAUGAGUAUACUGUUGUGGAGACAACGCAGAGGCAGUCAGCUCAGGGCGGAAACCACGCUUUCACUGACAAGGGAGGAUGAGGAAUGGAGCGACUCGGAGAAGACACCAUCGGUGAGCAGCGGAGUGGAAGGCGGUGGAUCGGCGGUUUCCAGCCCGAUCGCGCCGAUCGUCGAGGAGGAAUCGAGUUUACCGCCACCACCGAGACUGAAUCCCCCUUCCUCGUCCGUUGCGAUCGCGAAUUCGGCCGCUGAGGAUAUCAGAUUGAGGCUCAGCGUGCUCCCCGAAGACGCUCGGAAACGACUGGCUAGUCUUACCGAAGAUAUCGAGGUUGCAAGAAGCUUAAGAGAUCGACAUGUCACCCCGAGAUCCAAUCAGACGCGAGAAUCGAGUCCGAAAGACACGGACGAAGAGUCCAAUCUGGUCAUGGUCAAAGAAGAGGACUGUCAGCCGAGAUCGUCGUCCUCUUCGUCGUCCUCGACAAGAAGACGGGAAUCCAUGUGCAGGCGAGACUCGGAGGACUCGUCGAGACGAUCGAAUACAGACGAUCCACCGACCGAGAAAAAGUUGAAACUCGACGAUGAAGCUGCACCAAGACUGAGACUCAAUCCUAGUCUGGCGACGGAUCCAGCUCUUCGGCCCUCCGCUGUAGUCGCGCUCACCGUCAAACCGGAAAAUACCUCGCCACCGAAUCCUGUGCCACCCCUUCCGGCUGGACUUCAAAAUGCAAUCGCCUCAGGUCGUUUGUUCGUACUUCCAACCGAUGGCAAGGAGACGAUCACUGUGGAGCCAGCCAGGCCAGCACCUCUCUUCUGUCCUCCAUGCGGCAUCCGUUUUAGCUCAGCGAGCACCCUCGAAGCGCAUCGCACUUUCUACUGUGCUCAUCGUCCCCGACUCGAGGAAGACACCGCCAAUGAAGAGGACGAGGAAAAGUCCAACAAAUUCGAAGUGAGAAAAGCGUAUGCCUGCCCUCACUGCUCGUACAGCGCCGACAAGAAGGUCUCGUUGAACAGACACAUGAGAAUGCAUGCUGCAUCUCCUGCACCACCCACGAUACCAACCGCUCCGACUACAGCUACUACUCCAGGAAGUGGCGCGGCAAAUGCCUCGAAUGGCUCCUUGAACGAAGAGGCGGAGAGAUAUUGCAGAAACUGCGAUAUUCGAUUCAGCUCCCUGAAGACUUAUAGAGCGCACAAGACGCAUUAUUGUAGUACUAGGCACGUGGUCAAAGAUACGCCACCAGCAGCCACGGUAGCUUCCUCGUCGGUGAAAGCUUCGCCACCGACGAGCGCGAGUCCCGGUGAAUCGCCGCCUCCGCAACCUUGUCUGGCGCUACCUACAAAUCCUAUUUUGAUUGUACCGUACUCUUUGUUCCGAGGUGCUAGUGUCCUGGCAGCACCCACUUUGCCCGCGCCUGAUACUGCGUGUUUUCUUCUUCCAAAUGGUCAUCUUCAACCGAUGACAAGAGGUCUGGCUACCACAGCACAGAACACCGUGGUCGAACCUUCACCGGUUCUCCGAGCAGCGAACAAACCAACGACACCAGCGUCCGUCGUGGCAUCGUCGACGUCGCCAUCAGGUUCAGCGCCACUCGAUUUGAGCGUUAGAAAGUCACCAGCUCAUCAAGAUGAAAAAGAGAACAGGGUAUCGCCGGCACCCUCUUCUCUACCUCCACCACCUGGUAGUCCUAGAUCAAGAGGAAGCGGAAGUCCUAGAGCAAGGUCCAUUGGUUCUGCUCCUACGGCUACUGGAACCGUUGCACCUCCUCCGCCGACGGAACUCGCUCUCAGACUGGCUGAACUUCCACCACCCCCUGUUCCUGGGGUUCUUGUGAAGCAAGGUGUCUCGAGAUGCAAAGAAUGUAAUAUCGUGUUCUGUCGGCAUGAGAACUUCGUCGCACAUAAAAAGCAUUAUUGUCAGGCAAGAGAGACAACGGUCAGCAAUAGUCCUCCACCACCUGGAACACCCUCGCCUCCUUUGGUGCAAUUAAUCUGUGCCGCGUGUGGUAUCAAGUUCGCUUCUAUGGAUAAUCUGGUAGCUCAUCAAGCGUUUUACUGUCCCAAAAGGCCAGAACCUCAGGAACAUCAUUCGCGAUGCUCCAAGUGCAAAACUAUAAUUGAACCUGGAGGCACCCAUACCUGUAGCAGCGGACCGACUGGAGGUUGGAGAUGUCCCGUUUGUGGUGCGGUUAGUCCAACAGCCGGAGCAGCUCAGCGUCACAUGGAUGCUCAUCAAGGUGUCAAGGCCUUCAGGUGUACGAUCUGUCGUUACAAAGGAAAUACGUUACGGGGAAUGAGAACGCACAUCAAAAUGCACUUUGAGAAACGUGGAACCGAUCUACAGGAAGAAAAUUACAUAACGUGCGUGCUCGACGACGAAACGGUUUUGCCGACUCCAGAACCAGCUCCAGCUACGACUCCUGAAGAAAUCCCUGGUGAGGUGCAAGUAAAUGGAAAAACCGAAGUUCGGAAGAGUCCUCAGCCACCUCCACCGCCACCACCGCCACCACCGACGGUAACCAACAAGGUGAAGCAAGAACGCGAGGACACUCCACCUCCCGAAGAAAGUUUGGAUCCCAACAAAAGCGGCCCGCGUUACUGCAGGUCGUGCGACAUCAGCUUCAAUUACUUGAGCACGUUCAUUGCUCACAAGAAGUUCUACUGUUCGAGUCAUGCCGGCGAGGCGAGCAACAAUAAUAAUAAUAAUAAUAAUAAUAAUUCGAGCAGUCACGCGACGACGCCUCCCAGCAACAGGACCGAGGCGUCGGUACUUUAAAAAGACUCUCGACAACCUAUGGGACUGUUAAUUGUUGCCAGUUUAUAUAUAUAACAUAAUUGCCGACUAUCCGAUUUAGUUGUGUGAUUUCUGUUAAUCCAGGGAAUUGUUUGUACUUAUAAAUUCAGUUAUCCGACGUGUACAUAUACGCGGUGCGUGAACGAUCGUGAAGGAGAAGCUACGUUAAACGUAAGCUAGGAUGUUAGUAGAAGUAAGAGGAAAGUUAGGCGAUCGUGACGGCUGAUUUGCUGUUUCGCUUUGGAUCAAUUAGGCAAAGAUAAGAUUGGAUAUUAGUGGGGAAAGUAAAAUAGGAUAUACCAAAGUGAAACUGUGAAAUGGAUGUGUGUGUCCACGUAUAAAAGGGAUCGUGGUUGCAAUUAGAUUCACGGUGCAGCUGAUUUUGUACGUCACGAUCGACCGAUACGAAAGGUGUGCAAUCUCAUGACUCUUCAAUAAUCUCGUAGUUGUAAUUGAUAAUCGAAACAUACCUAAGGAAUUACGGAAAAGUAAACGAUGAGUGUAAAAUGUUGUACAGUAGCCAAGUAGAGUAUUACGGUACGAUAUAGUAAUAAUCCUAAAUGAUACCAAUUUCCAGCUUGUGAAAACGCUAAGUUGCAAUAUGACAUUUAAUAUAUUAUAUAUAAAUAUAUAUAUAUAUAUAUAUAUAAAAGAUGAUUUCAUUGUCCAUAAAUCGCGCUCAUAAUCUCGGCGAGUAAAUACGUUGAUAACUGUAUCCAGACUGCCAUAAGAAAGAAAGAUCGGAAUCGUUUCCUAUCAUUUUGCCAACAGUCCCGAACGUAUAACAAGCGAGAGAGUAAAAAUAAAUUAAUAGUCCCUAGUAUUUCUCUUCGAAUUUCGGAUACGGUGUAAUUGGAUCCUUACCAACGCAUUUGCUUCAUUACAUUGCAAUCAAAUAAAGAAAUAAAGCAUCGCCUGUACUUGUAUACAAGUAACGGAUUCGUUGCGAGCGCGUAAAUGUAAAAAUUAGAAUUAAGGCCAGUGUUACACGUAUACGCAGCGUACUAUUCAUAUCACAUAACGAGUUCGUUAAAGGCAUGAGUUUCUUCGCGUGUGAACGUUCGAUGAUGAGAGAAAGAAUGAGAGAAAGAGAGAGCGAAAAGAAAAAAUAAAUAUGCGAAUGUUGUAAUCCGAACGUUGUCCAACAUUGAACGUUGGUGCAACGUAUCCGAAAAAUCUCAGUUAUACAAAAAUUGUUUUCAUAUUUCGGCGAAUAGUAUAGUCAGAUAAAACGCGAAUGUUCGCAAAUACUUUUAUAAAAGUAAUUGUUAUGUUAUUUACAGGCCUCCUGCUAAUUACUGUCUAAAGAAAAGCAAGAUUCACAAUAUUCCAUUACGAAAUAAAUACGAAAGAUUUAAUAACACAUAACGGAGAACCUACUUUAUUGCUGAACAUUUGUAAAUCACUAUCUGGUACUUCCACACAACAAUUUGUUAUACAUUAUAAAUUUGGUAUAUUAUUAUAUGCCAUAUCGUCGAAAA